CCCUCCGCAAGACCCACCGCGACGUGCCCCGGCAAGUCCGCCGAAUGUUCGACAUCGAAACGUACAUGCUGACGCACCCGAUGGUGACGGCGGCGUCGACAUAUCUUGGUCGGUACCUGCCCGAGGUGCUCGUGCUCAAAGUGGCCGCGUACCUUGUCGCACCGCCCGUGUCGCUUGCGGACGCCUUGCGAGGCUCUGUUCACCUCGCUGGCUACCUCCCCGCCGCCCUGUGGCCGCACCGAAACGCUCUCAGUCCCGCGCGCGCUGCGUCGUGCAUUGCGGUGGCGAUCGAGUAUUUGUGCCAUCCUGAAGUGCACACCCACAUCUCGACUGGCCAUUUGCCGAGCCUCGUGUACCUAGCGCUGCUCACGGUCGGGACGCCUGCCUUUGCAAAAGUCGACACUGCCGUGCAACAACAGCGGCGCUAUACUGCGUUUGAAUCCGAGUGUGCAGCGCUGGACACGGCGUCAUUGAGUACGAUGCAAGCGCUCGUCUGGGACGAGUACAUGCGGCGCCCAACGUAG